AUGAAGAUUGAUGAAAGUAAGGACAAUCAUAGUAUAGAGUUAUCAGAUGGAUAAAGAAAGUCUUAGUAAUUGAUUAAGCAUUCAGAUGAGGAAAUCAAAAAGAAAUCAAAUCUCACUAAAAAAAAGAAAUUCUAAAGUUUCGUAAAAUUAGAAAAACUUAGAAAUGUUAGAACAUCAUCUAUGUCUAGUCUUACACCGAUCUAAGAAUAAGUCAAGAAGGCUGUUCCUGUGAAAAAAGACAAAGGCAUGAGUGCUCUAUUGCCUAACAAUUACUUAGCUCAAAGGAAGAAGAGUAAAUUGUUGUAAUAAAAUGAAAUUCCAAAUUGUAACAAAUCUUAGUAGAUUCCCCAAUAAAAUGAAAAGUAUGAGAAGGUACAAUCUCCUGAUCGACACAUUUAUAAUGAAUCUAAAAAAUCAGAACUUCUAAGAAAGAUGAAAUUUCUUUAGAUAGCUUAGCCUAAAAAUAAAGAGAUUUAAUCUAUCAUAGACGAACUAAAAAAUUAUAUUUAAAAUAGUUAGAAUUUACAAGGCAGUGUUACCAAGGAACCUGGCUCUGUGUUGAAGAGACUGAGAAGUCACUCUGAUGUUGAUAGCUAAUUUAGUAUUGAUCAUAUGGCGAAUUAUGAUGCUUACUUUUAGGAAGAAAAUCCAGAAAAAGUGAUAAAGAAAUAUAAAAAACAAACUAAAGAUAAGAUCAAAUAAAGAAGGACUACAAUGAUGAGACAAUUUGUUUGA